AUGCAUCAACAACCCGCAUUCCAGGAUAUCCUUGACCUUACUUUGUGUGACAGUAAACUAGAUACCACAUCUAAAAAUGCCACAGAUAUCUUAGGUCAAGAUACCACACCAGCAUUACCAUCUACGCAGAACCAUGCCAUUUAUAUCAAUGCUCCGCAAUCACAACCUGAUACUACCCAUGCCUCACUGAUUCACGGCCCAUCAAAAUCCGGUUUCCCCCUGAAGUAUGCCUGUGAUAUGGACCACUGUUUCAAACACAUGAAUGAUCUGCCUGGAAAUUCCAAGACAAAAAUCAAAUUCAAGUCUGUUUAUGGUGGGAUACCCUAUGUCUCUUCCACGUAUUCAGACCAUUUUAAGAUAUGGAAGAAGGUGAAAGAUACUCUGGAAUUUGCUUCUGCUGUGGCAGCUGGUCAUAGUACAGAAGGUUUAUGGUCUACCGUUUUUUAA